AUGGCGAAUAGAGGAAAACCCCGGGUUAUCCUGGGUACAAUGACCUUUGGCCCAGACACAUCGACCGGCGCUCGGAUCACAUCCCUGGACACCUACAACUCUAUUCUCGACUAUUUCCAAUCGCAGGGCUACAACGAGAUCGACACUGCACGUUGCUACGUCGGCGGCCAGCAAGAAGCAUUCACCCGCCUCGCGCGGUGGAAAGAGCGCGGCCUCAGCUGCGCGACAAAAUGGUACCCGUACGGAGCUGACGAGGAGAAAGCCGGCGCCCAUAAAGCAGAAAUAGUCGAGGAGAUGCUGAACAGGUCUCUAUCAGAACUAGGGACAGGCUGUGUGGACAUCUUCUACCUGCACGCCCCCGACCGCACGACACCAUUCCAGGAGCCGCUGGGGAAGCUCAAUGAACUGCACAAGCAGGGCAAGUUCAUCCAGCUGGGUUUGUCGAACUAUACUGCGUACGAGGUUGCAGAGAUUGUCAUGUUGUGUCGAGUCAAUGGAUGGGUACAACCAACGAUCUUCCAAUGCAUGUACAACGCCAUCACGCGCACCAUCGAGCCAGAACUCGUCGCCGCGUGUCGCCGAUACAGCCUGGAUAUUGUUGUCUACAAUCCGCUGGCAGGUGGUCUCUUCUCCGGGAAAUACACCUCCCUCUCGACCAACUCCGUCCCCAGCGAAGGCCGAUAUUCCAACGUCGACCGCGAAGUCGGCGAUCUAUAUCGCAAGCGCUAUUUCAAGGACGCCACGUUCGAGGCGCUGCGCAUUGUCGAGCCGGUUGCUCAACAGUACGGCUUGAGCUUACUUGAAGUUGCCGUGCGCUGGUUAACGCACCAUUCCGCGCUGAAUAUCAAGGACGGCGGUAACGACGGUAUUAUUAUUGGCGUCUCGAGUCAGAUCCAGCUGGAGCAGAACCUUGAGAAUCUUGAGAAAGGCCCGCUACCAGAAGACGUGGUCAAGGCGUUGGACGAGGCGUGGCUGAUCUGUAAACCUACGGCCGCGGACUAUUGGCAUAAUGAGUUGGUGUAUGGCUAUGAUAUAAAAGAGGCAUUUGCCAGUCUAUCAUAGCGGUAGUUUCGUGGUAAUUGCUGAUGUGUAUUGAUUUGAUGUCUAUGGGUAUUUCUUUAUUAGAUAUGGAUAUUUCCUGCUUCAGAAUACUCCAAAUGGUUGUUUCAUAUUUGUUUAUAAGAAGGUACAUAUCACACACUCAGUUAGACAGUCUGCAAGAGAAUGCGACGGUAGC